GUGUCCUCUGAGGUCACUCCAGGGCUGAGCACCUUUAAGAAAUGGCUGCUGUAAUCUGUGUAAUGAAGAGUUGGGGAAAAGGAUACUGCUCCUUUUAGAAUCUGUGUGUAAGAGAACCCAUAAGCUAUUCCCGUGAUGUGAUCAAAUGUGACUGAGACGACUGCAGGCUCCUGGACUCUUAUUCUAUAAAGUCUACAUCAGAGCAGCACAGGAAAAGAUCAGAGGGAACAGCUUCUGCUAUAUUCAGAAAGAUGCUGGAGAGCUCUCCCGUCCUUUUGUUCACUGUCAUCAGCCUGCUUCUCAUUUUGCUGCUCCUUGUACUGCUCAUUAGAAACAACGGCAUCGCAGCCCUUAUCUGGAAUGAAAUCAUCCUGGAGAAAAUAACCAAUUUCAUCAUGGAUCAGAGCAAAGAACAGAGGAUUUUAAACUUUGUGCUGCAGAACGCUGUCAGAGGGGACCCCCAGAGCGUGGUGGACACCAUCGAUAAGUACUGCUCCCAGAAAGAGUGGGCCAUGAAUGUGGGGGAUGAAAAAGGUUUGAUUCUAGAUAAGAUACUGGAGGAGGCCAAGCCCUCAACCUCAUUGGAGCUGGGAACAUACUGUGGUUAUUCAGCUGUGAGGAUGGCUCGGCUGUUGAAGCCCAGCGCCCGCCUGCUUACCAUUGAGUUCAACGCUGAGUUUGCUGCCAUUGCCAAGCAGAUAAUUGAGUUUGCUGGAGUACAAGAGAAGGUCAAAAUUCUAGAAGGCCCUUCAGAGGAAAUUAUCCCACAGCUGAAGAAAAAGCAUGAAGUGGAUACACUGGAUUUUGUCUUUCUCGACCAUUGGAAAGAAAGAUACACACCAGAUACUAUCCUGUUGCAAGAAUGUGGCUUGCUGAGGAAGGGCACGGUUAUCCUGGCUGACAAUAUAGUCUGUCCUGGGGCUCCUGAGUUCAUUAACUACAUCCGCAAUAACAGUCAUUUCGAGUGUACCAACUACCCGUCUCACCUGGAGUACAUGAAGGUCAAAGAUGCCAUGGAGAAGGCCGUGUUUCUGGGAUAAAAUGAAGCCCUUGGUACCCAAGUGCUGUUUCAAAAAUUGUAAAUGCAACUGCACAAGUUAACUGUGUUCAUGCUUCAAGUUUAGCUUUCUGUAUUUCAAGGCCUGUAAUUAAAGCAAAUUCUAACAAAGGGAGUUUAGAGGAGGGGGACCAAGAUUUAGAGUGGGAGUAUAGACAAGGUAACUAGCCGGAGAUGAGAUGGAGAAGGCUGCUUUUAUCUUUUCACGUGGCCUCCCCCACCCCAGAUAAAACUUCCCUUAAAUUAAUCUCUGUGUUGCCAAACAGCAAAAAUAAUCUUUUUAUUUUGAGUUCAACCCCCUAAGAGCCAAGAGUGAAACAGAAAAAUCACAGCAGCUGCUGCGAGCUUGUGUCCCACAGCCAAACAGACUAAUCGCUGUUGAGAAAGAAACACCCCGUUGGCAGGGAAGGAGUACUUCAGCAGCAUUGAUUUUGCUGAAUUACUGGCAAGGCGCUGCUGGGAUGAAUCCUAGUUACACCACAGAUAUUCAAAGGUGGCUACUGGUAAAACGACACUGUGGCCUGUGCUGGAGGAAAGGCAGACUGGGACUGCCUGCCAGCAGGGGCUGGCAUUGGGAGGGAGAAAAGACUGCUGUGGGUGGUGAAACCCAACUGGACAGUGGACAACGCUGUAGGUAGCAAGGAGGGGAAGGCUAUAAGAGCUAGAUGGGCCAAAGGAUACAUUUGCAAAAGACAGGGAACAACUUCUUCUAACAAAGUGCUCAAAAUAAGUAAACUGCCAAGACCUUGUUCAAACACCAUUUUCCAAUCCUUUGCGUAGUACCUAAGAGAACUCACCUCCUUGGGGGCAGGGCAUGUCUCUUCCCCUGGGUCAAGUGCUGGGUAACCAGAAGGUGCUCUCUAAUGGGACACAACAGGCUGUGCCUUUCUGUAUACCCUGGGUAAUAUUAAUGCUAUAGUAAAGUGCUGUCAGUACCCAGUGUUAGCGUCAUCAAGGUACGAGGCUGCACUCCAAGUAACUUUUCUCUCCUGAAUGGUGCACUAAUUCAAUGGCACGUCUCAGAGUGCCCCUUGAUGUGGUAGAAUGAUGCAAUGUUCACUUUUGUAAAUAAAAAAUAAGGAGGAAAA